CUGAUUGGACCAGGUUCGAAGUGGUUUAAGUAUAGUCUGGCUCAACCAGAGUUUACCAGGCUUAUAACCAGACUUUUGGUGCAAAAGAAAACAGGAGACGCUCUAUCGGUCAUACACUGAUCUAAGAAAAAUGAUGAAGAAGCCUGCCAGGUUGUUUGUAACACUGGUUUUCUCCUUGACUUCAACGUCAUUGGCUAAAACACCCAUCAUAAAGAGGCCCUUAAACAUUGCACACCGAGGGAGCUCGGGAACAUUUCCAGAGCACACCAUAGAAGCAUACAGGUAAGAAGAGGUCAAAAUCAGCUAUGCAUUCAAUUGGAAAAUAGUUGGGUACGAAAGAAACUUUGUUGUUAUGCGUAAGCUCUUUAAAUGGCAAAUGGUAGUCUCGUUGCAUGAUCAGAAAUUUGGUGCUAAAAAUUGUACAACAAAUUGUAAACUUAGUUUUUUCUGACGUUGAAUGCCAGUCAGCUCUUGUUGUUUAUUAAUAGAGCCAACAAAAUUUUAAGCUUUUGUAAACCAAUUGCUGGUUUGCAGAUGACGUCACAGCGGCCAUGUCUGUGUUCAAGGACAAAAGCAUUUUUCUCCUUUUGAGAACUAAAAACCCAUUUUCAUGUAAAUUCUUCGACAAGAAUUUUACUGUAUUCCCCAUUUCGGGGGGCAAAUAUCACGCAAACAAAGUGUAUUAUGGGAAAUGUGGAAAUGGCAAGAUGACCACCAACAUGGCUGCCUUGUCACGUGGUUGCAAACCAACAAUACGAUACGGAGGAAGCGGCAAAAAUGUAAAAACCCUAUAGCGCAUUCGUACAACUUUAUGAACAUGUUCCUCAAUAUAUGUCCAGAGCUUUUAGUAUUAGUCUGCUAGCUGUUGUAGCUCUUCUUGUGUGCAUCCUUGAUGCAGGUUAAUGUUAUAAUUUUUAUUUCUAUCUUCUAUUUCUCAUUUUUCUAGGCAGGCUAUCAAGGAUGGAGCAGAUUUUAUUGAAUGUGAUGUUUGCGUCACGAAGGAUCUUAAACUUGUUUGUCGACAUGAAAGCUGGUUGAACGACACAACCAAUAUCUGGGAAAACCCAACACUUCGACUAAAACAAAACACGUACCACAUACAGAGUCCCGUAAACGGCUUGGCAAAGACAAUCACCGACGUUUUCACGGUUGACCUGACUCUUGAAGAACUCAGAACCAUUCGUGCGAGGCAAAGGUAUUCGUUUAGAGAUCCCAAUUUUGAUGACAAGUUUCAGAUACCUACUCUUGAAGAAUUCAUCCAAGUUGCCAAAUCAGCCAGAAGACCCAUAGGGAUUUACCCUGAAGCAAAAGAUCCGCAGUGGGUUAACUCUUUGGACAUUUUGCAGCAAGCCAAAACCACUUUUGAAGACCUUCUUGUCGAUGUACUGCACAGAAAUGGAUACCUUACACGAAAAAGCCCUUGUUAUAUCCAGUCGUUCAGUGAGGACAGCAUCAGAGCAAUGUCAACAAAAACCAAGCUACCUUUAAUAUUGCUGAUGGCAACCCCUCUUCCGGUCCCUGAAGAUAAACUGGAGGCUCUGUCUGAAAUCUGUUAUGGCAUUGGAGUACACAAGUACAUGAUUCAGCCAGUAAUUAGUAACAUCCUUCAGGAUCCCACCGACCUCGUCGCCAAUGCACACAAAUACAACCUAAAGGUUCACGGAUACACAUUUAGAAACGAAGACGAGUACUUAGCAUGGAAUUUCACUCAGGAUCCUUACAAUGAAUAUGAAACCUAUUUCAACACUCAAAUUGAUGGUUACUUCACGGACUUCCCAAGUACCCUAAAAAGAUUUCUGGAUGUGAAAAUCAUGCUUGGCAUGCAGGGAAAAUCGAAGAAAAAAGGAAAACUGUAAACAUUGUCCACCUCUCUUGUAAAGUCGCUUUUGAAAGUUCUUUUUCUUCUGGAUAAAAUGACGCAUUAGAACUACUACGCUGAUUGUUAACAUAACGUGACAUAACAUAGCUAUAUUUCAAAUCCAAUCUUGGGGUAUUGUUACAGAUGCAAGUGUCCGAAAUUAGAAAGAAUAAACUAGAUAACGCGAAAGUCAAUACAUAAUAGAAUUAAAACAAAUGGUAUUUGGAAAUUUUUAUGUUAACACCCAGAACUGGAAUAAUGAACAUGAAAAAUGAACUCACACUCCGCACAUAACUUUUUGAUAUUUUGAAUAACAAAGAUAACUAUAUUGACACGCCCACUCCAAUCAAAAAAUUAAAAUCAGCCCAAAAUUAUGAUUCAUAAAUUCUGCUUUGUUUAAUUAAUCCGUUAUUGCUAAUACGUGCCAUUAAGUUCUUUGUUUAUUUCUCUCUUGUUUGGUUUUUGCUUUUGCUUUUAGAUUGUAAAACUAAAUAUUUGCGAACUUUAAUCUACUGAUUACUAUUCACUUAGAUUCAUCAAGUUUUCAGUUUUACGUUGUGUUAGUCCCUGUCCACACGAAUCUGUUUUCAUUUGAAAACGCAACUUUUUCUUUACGGAUACGGCUUCCGUCCACAUAUCCAAUGAAAACGAUCAAUGAAAAUGGAACUUUUCGAAAACGCUCUUCAGAGUCAAACUUUUUGAAAAAGCUGUUUUUGCGUGUAGGUGUGAACAGAGGAAAACGGAACUUUUCGAAAACGCUGAGGACACACUGUCAGUUCCAAUCCACUUCGCGCAAUAUUAGAAACUUAUUUAAGAUGGCGGGUGGGCGCUUCCCUUUCUUGUCUUGUAUACUUGGGCUUACUUCUAACCUUAAUACUUGUUUUCAGGCAAAUUUAGAGUUUUGAGAUGUUGAAUUACAAACAUCAGUAACAUCCAACUAGUGGUCUAUUAUCAAUGCUGCGUUCUGAUUGGUUGAGCAACUACUAGGCUAUAUGUUAUAGCCCACUAGUAACGAAAAGCGUCGGCUUUGAAAACCAAAACAAUGGAGGCUGAAUCGCGUUUUGCUAGCUUAAGUUGUUUUGUCUCGAUAUUUUUGACCAACAGCCUUCGGCCUCAUGGGCUAUUGACUCAGAGCCCAUUCGGGCUUGGGGAAUAAUUGUUCAAUAGUUCGACACUGCAAUUAGGUUGAAAUGGUGAGACACUUUUGCCCCAAAACACCCUUUUUCUUUCUUUAAUUUGCGUCACAGGAAGAAAUCCGUUUAAAGUAGCAAAUGCAAGUGUUGAACACAAUCACUUGAUACGAUCUUGGAUUAUGGGAACUUUGUCAACGGACCGGGGAGACGGGCAUAAAUCAUGCGAAGAAUUUGGCCUAAUCGGCCCUUAUUUUUUGGUUUGCUUCCUGUCACCAGAAGUUGACUUGGUAUACAGAUGCAUGUAACUUGAAUUUCAUAUUUUCAGGUUCGAUGUAUUGAUGUAUCACCAGGAGGGGGUGUAGGUGUUUCCUCUGGAGAUGACGGUACUCUACUUGUCUGGGAUUCCAGCAAUGGUGUUUUAAGGGUAUGGUAAUUGAUGUGUUUUUAAGAGAAACAAUUUGUGAACUGUGCGGUCAAACCGCGUUAAUAUGGAUACUGAGUGGGCCACAGAAAGUGUCCGUAUAAAGCGGGUUGAAUUGUGUAGUUCCAGAAAAUAUCCAUACCGCCCCCCCCCCCCCCCCCCCCCCCCCCCCCCCCCCCCACCCACCCCCCCAACCCCAAACAAACACCGAGGGGGGGGGGGGGCGGAAGAGAGAGGCAAGUACCAAUCGGAGCAGGAGGGGGGGGGGGGAGAGAGGGGAGGUAGGGGGGUGUGGUUCUUUCGUAAAAAAAGGACAAGAAGAAUAUUUUUUUUUUUUUUUUAAACAGAAAAGAGGACACGGAAGCGUGUGUUGGGUGGGGAGCGGACGGGGGGCUCUUCCUCCUUUAGGGGGGCCAAAAAAAGGUCCCGAAAAAAGGGGGUGAAAUGUUUUGUGCCCAAAAAAAACACACCCCCCCCCCCCCCCCCCCCCCACACACACACACACACACACACACACACGGAAGGCAACGGAAAUUCAGAGGGGAGGAGGGGGUUCCAAAAGGACGCAAUUUCCGAUGGAGUGUUGGGGGGAGUGGCUUCUCCAGGUUUUUUUCCGUGUCUCCAAGUAAGACUGGUGAGUUAUCCAAAACUAACAGCCGCACUGCUGAGCAAGCUCUCAGUCAUUUUACUGUUGACGAUCUUUUAAAGCAAGAAUUAUUGUUUUCAUCGACCAUAUUUUAUUAACGGUCGGCUAAAUUUUUUUCGUUCGGCUUAUGCGAUAGAUGGUUGUCAUUCGCACAUAAAUAAACUUCUGGAUAUAUAGCUGUAACGGUAUUACACAAUAUAAUAUGAUAUAUAUGAUAUAAUAUAUAUGAGAAAAUGUAAGGCCUUUCUUUCCCUGGGGACAAGGAAAACUGUCAGGUGUCCUUAAGCAGGUAUCCGUAGAGCGGAGUUCGACUGUUAUUUGUUUACCUUCAAAACGUGGUAUAAAUGAAUUAGAAUUUAGAAGUGUACGUUUUUCUGGAGAGGGAAAACCGGAGUGCCAAGAGAAAAACCUCGUUGAGGAACGAAGAGAACCAACAACAAACUCAACCCACUUAUGGAGUCGAAGACGGGAUUUGAACCUGGCCAACAUUUGUGGGGGGCGAAUUUUCUCACCUCCUCGAUCCUCGCCAACCUAAAAUGAUUUUCUUUUACUCAUUACUAGAGGCAUCCCACUAUAUUAUUCGGCUGGAGGCAAACUAACUUAAGUUUACCGUUGAUUACGUGUUAAGUAGUUUUUUUCUUGUGCUCUGUAAGUGCAUGCCAUUUUUGCUGCUUCUACACUAUUGAAAGCUCUCUCUUCUUAUAUAUCCCCUUUGAUCUUGUUUGUAGCGGAGUCUCGAAGGCCACAUUUCCGAUGUAAACUGCUGUAGAUUUUUUCCUUCAGGAAAGGUUGUUCUCAGUGGUGGUGCCGAUCUACGGUUAAAGAUCUGGUCAACUGAAGAUGGGAGCUGCCCUGUCACAUUAAAAGGCCAUUCAGGAGGUUAGUAUCACCUACCCCGCCCCCAAGUCAACAUUAACACUACUUCUCGCUUAGGGCAAAAUUGUGACUUAAGGGAGGGGUAGGUGAUUAGUUACCCAGUAACCUCAAUUUAUCCAGUAUUUCUUUACUUGCACUAUUCCAAUCUCCAGCUAUAUACUCUGCGAGGCAGUGUCACACUACUAAGAACACGUUAUUACUACUUGUCACUCAAUUAUGCUUUGAUACAAACCCCGCAAACGUUGUCAUGGUGAUGAGAAUUAGAAUUCAGUUCUACAUUUAGCAGUGAUUCUCGACUCUUUGCACUUUAAAAAGAAAAUUUACUUGAUUUCAGUGUCAAUGUAUUUGGCACAAAAGUACUAAAUUGAAGACACUAAUUUACGUCUCCUACUGGAGACGGAUCCGCCAUUUCACCUGAUCAUCAGAGCCACGCGAAGGUAUUGCAGUUUGCAGGGCAAAGGGAGUGCCUUCAUUUCUCCGUUAUUUUAAUUGACCGUGAGUACCAUCUGGCCCCACGAAUCGAACCCAUGACCUCCCGCUCUGCAGUCAAGCGCUCUACCUACUGAGCUAAUAAUAUCCUGCCGCGGUUACUCUCCAAUGAAUUUUUCGAGCUUUGCACAGGGUGACAUGUUUGUAUAUCAUCAGUCAGUUAAUUAAAAAAAAAAUACUUGACAAGCCAAGUUCGCCCUAGCAUUUAUUUAUUAAAAUCAAGUACGCAUGGAAGACACUGAUUGCUAGCAAAGUUCGACCUGGGAUGUUUCUGUAAAGGACUAUAUAUGUAGGACAUGCUUUACCAUGUGUGUGUUUGUCAGUGGUGGAGAACAAAGCAAGACAAUUUUGAGAUAGGUGCUACUGUUUUGAACUGAGGUCUAUAACCAAUAUUGCUAUUUACGUAAACAGCAUUGUGAAGAAACUUGUUAAGAACAAACCUUUGUGAUAUCGUAUAUGUCUCUUGGACUUUGAAAAAAAUGGAAAAGAACUUCAGUAUUCUGGGUUUCACACAGAGUCUUGCAAAGUGUCUGUUUUUUAAAUGGGCGGUCAGUUUUUUUUUUUCUUGCCAUUCGUGGGUGCUAGUGAGUGAUAUUUUUGAGGGUGUCAUUUCAUUUAUCUUGUUUUGAGGCAGUACUUUGCAUUAAGAAUCUCCUGAUGAAGAAGCUUAAUGAGUUUGACACAUCUCGUUGUUGAAUGAUAUAGUUUGUCUCUUUUUUUGCAGGAGUUGUAGAUACAGCUAUAGUGGACAGAGGAAGAAACAUUUUAUGUAAGAGCGAUCGGAGAUCAAAUUCAUCUGAUCAUGUUAUGUACCGAUUUCAACAAAUUUAAUACUCCCGCUUUUAAUAGUUAUCAUGUUUUUUUGAGGUAAAGAUCAAUUAAUCAUGAUAUCUUUUUCCAAAAUGAAUGCAGCUUGCUCCAGGGAUGGUUGUGUGCGUCUUUGGGAUUGUGGAGAAUCUAAAUGUCUGGCAGUUGUGUCCAAAAGUGACUGUCCUGUUAAUUCAUGUGCAUUGACUACGUUUCCAGGAAGGGAAAACAGUUCAGAAGUUAAUGAACCACAUAGUAAGUAGAGUUUUGAUGUUGACUACUGUUACCUAGUGCCAAGCUACAGCAUAGUUACCACAAAUACCUGUCUAACCCUUCCAGGGAUGUACCCAGCCUUUUUGCAAUUGAGGUUGGGGAGAGGGGGGUUUCAAUUCAUUUGACUGAAGUUACACAAGGAAGUUCCACCGUGUCGAAAUUUAGGGGGUAGUAGCUCCUAUACGUGUAAAAGAGUAAUAACCUGACUGAGUUGAAUCCAUUUUCUGGAUUAACACUUAUGAUGCUUCGAAUAACUGAGCCUAGCUAUGAGGAAAUUUUUGAGAAAAAUAAUACCAUCAGAGAAUGCACUUAGCAGUGAGAUAGGAUCUACUUUCAGGAAGCCCGUAUGAACAAGAGUGUGCAUGGUCUGACUGGAGUUAAUCUCAGUAAACCGUUGGUAACGUUUGCUUGCAGAAAAGACCAUCGUUAUUUCUUUUAUAAACUACUUCCCUUGGUUAUUUCAUGUUUCCGUUUUUGUUUCAGUCUCUCGUGACCAGCCUUGACCUCUGUUACUUGUCCUCUAUAUACGUUUAUGAACCUUAGCAUUAGGAAACUUACUGCAAAGUAUACAUACAUGUAGUAAUAAAAGUGAACUCUCGGUUGCCAGGUGAGCGAGAGGUCGGAACAGAAGGAAAACUGCUUUUACUUGCAAAAGAAGAUGGCUUUAUGGAUGCUGUUGAUGUAUAUAACAGAAGCAAGGUACUGUACCUUUUUAACACAGUUAACUGUCUUUGAAGAGGCCGUGUCAAUAGCUAUCUAGGUCAUUCUGGGAUUAAUAUUGCCAGUAACGCGUAUGCAUGUUAUGGUAAGGGCGCUUUGCAAAAGUCAGGGUCUAUUUGUUCGAGGGCCGAUUAGUGCUAACCCAAGGUAAAGUUUUAACCUGGGUUUCUUUUUCUUUGUUCAACAACAUUUUCCUGGAUAAUUUUCUUUAUUCUUUAUAGAGCAUGCAAUCAUCAAAUUGUAGGCAAAAAGAAUAAAACCAAAUUUGCCUUUUAAGUUUUCAUGUCUGAAUUCAAAUUUCGCACUAACCCCGGGUUAUCUUAACCCUGCUUUGAACAACCCAGCCCUGGACUGGUCGGCCGGACCAUAUUUGCCCAACCAGUCAAAUUGACAAUGAAAAAUGCUUUUUUCCAAGAGUUUUUGUUGAAACACUAUUUCUUUCUUGCGUGCUAUGUAGGACUUGACUGAUCUGGCUGGACAUAGUUAUGAUUAAAAGUGAAAUUCUCAUUAUGACUUGAAUAGUCUGGCCGGUUAGUUCUGACAAAUGGAAAGCGCCCUCUGGAACGUAACCUGAACUUAACGUUAGCGAGGAAGUUUCUUGUAAAUGACAAACAGCUUUGUAUCAAACAAAUAUCUCUCCCAAAGCAUCAUAUCAAACGUUUCAAGCAACAAAAAUGAACUUUAAAAACAGGUCAGACUAACAAUUCUGACAAUUGGCAAUUACCUUAAUCUUCUUCAUGUUUUGCAAUCCCUACCUUCAUUUGCCGGUAUUUGCUGUCUUCUUUAUACCAUCUUUUAAUAUUUUGAGCGGUUAUUAUUGUUUCACUCAAUUUGGUGGCUGUUCCUUGUGUUCUAAAUAGAAAUUUCAUGACACCGGCCCUAAAACGACAUGCAGAGCCCGGUUGGUCCUUUUCGUUCUUACCGUAAGCCCCAUCUCUAAUGAGCACCCCUUUUUCAGGGGAAGAAAGUUAUUAAGCCCCCCUCACCUCAUUUAACCCUCCCCCCCCCCUUCACACACACACACACCUCCUCUAAUUAUUCUCUUCUAAUAAAUGAUGGACUGUAUUAAUUCAUCACGACUGUAAGAGUUCGGUGGACUGAUCCGGGAUGGUUUAUUUAGCAACUGGUAGUUCGGAUUUGUUUUUGAUCCUCGGCUGCGUGACCUCCAACUCCUUGUAAUUGAGCUUUUCCAUUUUGUAUUCUAGUUCUGUAUGGAGAACUAAUACCAUAGUCUUUUCUAAAUUAAAUGAGCUCCCCAUCCCCCCCCCGUCUAUAUUAUUUAUAAGCACCUCUUCAAAUGAGCUUGAAAAAAUAAGCCCGCGGGGAAUUAAUAGAGGAUUUGCGGGUACUUUCCUUUUUUCCUUGAUUCUCGACAAGGCGGUCGCCCCUCAGUCUAAUAGAGACACCUCUUCCGGUCGUAGCGGUGUCUGUCUUAGAAAUAGUUGCUUUUAGUUAGAAAAUAUUCUCAGAAAUAUUCAUAAAUUGACAAUUUUCAUCUCAGGGUGCUUUGAUUUGUGGCUGCUUUCCUGAGAUGAGAAUGAUUCGUUUUUCCCCUUUCAUGGGCCCUAAGCCUGAUCAAACCACUGAAGUAGGUCAGUUACAAUCCUGACCUGGUAAAAUCAACAUUUUUUUUUUCUUCCCUUUCCAUUAACUGCAGUUAUUUUGGAGAGGUUUUCUUUUGUGGCUACAGCCAGAGUACUCUCAGCGUCAAAUAGUAACGAAGACUUCUGAAGGGCCCGUUUCUCGAAAGUCCUGGUAACUUUUCGGGCCCGAAAUCAAAUAUUCAAAUCGAAAUUUAAAGAAUAAGAGCGCGGGUCCUGGCUAGCAAACUACUCCUUUUUGUUUUACUAACUGAUAGUGUUAUCAUGUUAGAUAUAAAACCUACUGAAACUUCUAUCUUGCAUGUAAACAGCAACAGCUUUACGGGGCUUUCGAGAAACGGGCCGCAGCUGCAGGACCAAAAAAAAAUGCUUGUCCGAUUUUUUUUGUUAAAUAACUAGUAAAUAAGCUGUCAGAGUAUUUGUUGGAUACUGUAAGUUCUAUGGAAGUUUCAUCUCCCAUUUCAUAUGUCUGGGUUUGUUUUUUGGCUGCUUGUUUUUCAGGUAUUUCAGUUUAAAUGUCCAUCAGCUUUGAAUUGCUGUACAUUCUUGUCUGAGAGUGAAGCUGCGGGCGGAACAGAAGAUGGAACCCUGUGGCUUAUAGACAUCAGGUUUCCAAGGUUGGUAUCCUUUAACACACGCCAACAGCGCACGCGUUUGUUCAUUUUUUGGGCGUUCAAAAGAAAUAUUUUAUUAAACAAAAUUCAUCAUCACGUUGUUGAGAGACCUUAUGUAGAAGGGGCUUAUCAUGCAUGGAAAUGAAUAGCAAAGUUUAUUAUAAUAUGCUUUGGAAAAACCAGACGUUUCGAGGGUGUCCCUUCUCCCUCUGUGGUUUGAAGGCAACUGUAACCAGUGAGGAUGAAGGAGCUGUGUUGCUUUAAAACCUCUGAGGAAACGAUAAACUGAUAAACUUCGCCAUUCACUCGACCAUUUGCAUUGCACAGUUUUUCAAACGUUUUUGUAACACUUUAUGCAUUGGAAUGUUCUUUUGAGUCAAGGAAAUAAACCUGAAUGAGAUAGGACACUUAAAUAUUGGAAAGAUUUGAAAAUGACGUCAGGGCAGGUUCAAGCAAAAGCAUUCCAAAGCUGAGGGGCACAUAUAGAAAAUGUCCUGAACCCAUACGAUUUUACAUUAUAAGAUUGUGUCUUCAGGAGCUGCGUGUUUCCUGAUCUAAGGCUACGGCAAGGUCUGUAAAGGUUUAAUUGAUCCUGGAGAUGGUUAGGUACCAUACCAUUCACCACUUUAUAUGUAAAUAACAAGAUCUUAAAUUCAACCGGCAACCAAUGAAGCUUCAUUAGUAUUGGCUAUAUCUGAUCACGCUUCCUAGACAAUGUCACUAGCCAGAUGCACUGAUGUCUGAUAAUGAGGGCUUUUUAGCGCAGUAUUCCAAUAAAAGCUACUAAUAUACUGCGUCUGAAGGUGCCGAACGCUAUACUACAACAGCGAACAUUCGGACCAUACAUGGAACUUUCUGUAGCAGCAGUUCAGAAAGUGGAGCGUGACCAAAAAGAGGGAGCGAAACCCAAAAAAAUCAUAAUGCCUCGUGCAGGCUAAUUUUCCUGUCUCUCUAGAAAUUGUUAAAAAGUAUUUUUUUAGUAAUAAUUGUUUUCCGUGAUUGAUUUCGAUGAGAGAAGUGAACAAUUUAUUCUUGUUUUGCUCAGUGUUCCUGUUGGUGUGUUUCGGCGAUCAGCAUCACCUGUGCUUUCUCUCUCAAGUCUUCGUGAAAACAAACUUCUUGCUUCUACCGGUGAGUCGCCAACUGAAACCCUUUGUAGACACAGUUAUUUCAUCUUAGUAGCAGCUAGUAUCGUGCUCAAAUACUUCCCUUUAGUAUAUUUUCACAGAUGAACAGCAAUAAUAGGCCAUAAACUGUUAUUUUCAAAACGAGGCUAAGUGGAAAAUUUUUCUGUAAAAUGAGUUUUAUCAAGAGCCACCCAUUAUGGCUUUUGGUUUUAUUUGACCCGAAUAAUUUUAAGGUGUCGCCUUCAGAAACCAUUCUCAGGUAUUAAACAUAGCUUGGACACGAGUGCUGUUUAAUAGCCAACCUUGCGGGGUUCUAUCUAGGAGUUAUCUUCUGGGGAAGAAGUCCCAAGUGGCUGAAGGCCACGAGUUUCCUGGGGGGGGGGGGGGGGGGGGGGGCGGCCCCCCCCCCUCAAUAUUUUUUUUAAAAUAUAUUUGCCGUGAGUUACAACUGUGCUCCUUUUGGAACACAUUUUUGUAAAUGUCUCACAUGUGAAAAAAAUUUUGGGUGGGGCCCGUAAAACACCCUUCUCAGAGAAUAAAAUUUGUUGGGACGGGGUGCUUUUUAAAAAGCAACAUUGGGGGGGUUUCAAUGGGGGUUUUCUUGGGGGGGAAAAGUGCCCAGGGGGGGGAGGCGCAGCGUUUUGCGGGGGGGGGGGGGGGGCAGGGGGCAUGCCUCCCCCUUCAAUAAUUUUUUUAAAAUGAAUAUGCGCUGAUAUGCAAUCUGGUGCCUUUUGAGACACAAUUUUGAGAAAUGUUACAGUGUGUGCAAUGACCUCGUCGCGUCUGGAUGAUUUUUCCAGUAUAGUUACUUAUACACUGUAAUGAUAACCACAUUUUUGGGGGGGGAAGCUGGGCAUCUAGGGGGGAAGCUUCUACCUCUCAAAUACCCUAGAUAGAACCCUGCCUUGCUGUAGUAUUGACCGAAAGGGUAGGGUUCGCACACGUCUUUUCAGUUACACCCCUUAACGAUACAACGAGCAUCCCCGUCUUUUUCGUAAGGAAGUUCGUCCACCCCGUGUCUGUACGAUCAUAUCACCGCUCUGGAAAAAUGCACACGGAGAUAUCCUUAGGAUCAAUGCAUUAAUCUGGUUACUGUUUAAUGAGUGUUUUAAAAUCUUGUACUCAUAUUUUGUUUGUCUAGUUCUGUUAUAUAUCUACAAUUUAUUCUGGACAGUAUGAUUUUGCUUGAUUAUGCUAAUCCUUUAACCUGUUCCGCUUCUUUGAUAUUUUAGGGGAUGGCUCGUGUUUCUGUUGGGAUACAGAACGUCUGAGACAAGCAACAGACGUAGUGAGUGGCUGGGAGUUGAUUGGACCCGACUGUGACCCUGUAUACAGCAUUUGCCGCUCUGCUAAUACGGUUUAUACUGCCUGUAGAGACGCAAAAAUAAGAAAAUAUAUACUGAAGCAGACCGAAAUCACAACAAGUUAG